AUGAGUAGCCAAGCACCGGUGGCGAUCGACGGCGGCGGAAUGAAUUUGUUGGCUAACAAUUGGCUGCAACGCUUCGGCGGCGGCGGCGAGUUCUCGUCCCGGAGUGCCGGAAGCGAGCUCGACUUGGCGGUUAUGGUUAGCGAUUUUUUCGAGAUCGGAAGCGCCGUAGCUGACUCGUGGUGCAGCUGCGACAGCGAUUCCGGCUUAUCCGACUUGGCUUAUCUGACCGACCGGAUUUCGUUCUAUAAUCGAUCAGUUGACCAGUAUGAAAGAGAUUUGAUGAUGGUUAUCAAAUCCUCAAUUCUCUCAAUAUCAGAAACUUGGCAAGUUGAGAAGCCAGAUCCAUGCAAUGCUAGCUGCAUUCUUUACUCUCUGGUGAAACUUCUGCAAUCUUCUGGUUAUGAUGCAGCAUUAUGUGCAACCAAAUGGCAAGGUGAUGGCAAAGUUCCUGGAGGUGAACAUGAAUUCGUAGAUGUGAUAGCUCAAGAUAACAAUGGAGGAACUGAAAGAUACAUCAUUGAUAUAGACUUCCGAAGUCACUUCCAGAUAGCAAGAGCAGUAAAAUCAUAUAAUGCAGUUCUGAGUUCUCUUCCAGCCAUCUAUGUAGGCACCGUGCCAAACCUCAAACAGCUGCUUCAAAUCAUGGUUGAAGCAUCCAGGUACUCUCUCGAGCAGAACUCAAUGCCUCUUCCUCCAUGGAGAGCCUUGCCUUACUUGGAGGCAAAAUGGGAAUCGCCUUGUGAAAGAAUAGUAAGUUCUCCUCCUCAUUCCCACACAGCCCCAUCGUCUUUGUCUCAUCUCCACUGCAUCGCUCUACUGCAGCGGCUCAAGUCCUUUGUUCGGUCUGAUAUCGAGAGGAAUGGAAUAUGA